CACAUCUAUAGUUUUUGUCAUUUUCUUACUACGAUUGAAGUCAAUCCCCUCCUGGAAAUGCACUCAAGUUGAAGAAAAGCCUAUUUUGAAGAUUAAUAUCAUGAAUUUUUGCAUUGCACUAAGGUGUACAAUGAAACUUUACUGAGUGAUACAAGCACUAACUAGAAAGAAUUGCAAGAUGGGUAGUCUUCUGGAGACAAUUGUACCAGAGAUUGAUACAUUGCCUAAGAUUGAAUUGCUACCAUUGCCUGUAAUUCCAACUUUGCCAAAACCUGAGGUACCAAAGGUGCUAAAGCCCGAAGUCCCUAAACUGCCAGAGGUACCAAAACCUCAAGUGCCUGAGCUACCAAAGCCUGAACUCCCCAAGUUACCUGAGUUGCCAAAACUAGAAUUGCCCAAGCUGCAUGAGAUUUCAAAGUUAGAGAUGCUCGAACUACCAAAACUUGAAGUGCUUGAGAGGGAUGACAUAAAAAGAGGGAUUGCAUUGAUCUUCUUCACUGCAUCAGCUAUUCAUGGGGAACUGAGGAAAAAAAAAAAAGGGUCUGCGAGGCCUAGUAAUGGGCUGCAAAAUUGCCUUCCUUACCUGCUUCCUCUUCGUUUAUCUCUUCCCUCAAUUCACUCACUCUUGGCUUCAACGGCGGACAUGGCAGUUCUGAUCUCUUCCCUUACAAAAUCCCCACUUUGUUCCCAUCAUUUAUCCCAAUCCCCUCAUGUGUCCUUGCCACGCAGCCUCAGACCUCUCCCCAAAGGACUCGGUAAUGCAACCUUAACCGCCAAAGCCCAGAGUUUUGGUUUCUUCCAAGGCAGCGGGUUUGGAUCGGACGAUGACUCACCUUCUCCUCCGCCUUCACAGACUGGGGUUUUGAGACCCGACAUGUCAGAAGACCAAAGACUCGCCCUUACACAAAAGUACGAGGAGCUGCUGGUAGCUGGGGGUGGCAUGUAUGUGGAGGUAUUCAACAGAGGAGUCAUCCCUUUAGCCUAUAGCAUCAAGAAGAAAAAUAAAGAUGGGGACUGUAACACUUACUAGUUACUUGGAUGGCAUUUACCUCCUCUUCACCUACUUCAUAAAACCCGAGUCAAUGGCAGUACUUGAGGAAACACCAAAAGCAGAUGAUGAUGUUAUCCGGUCAUCCAGCUUCAAGGUUAGGAAGAGGAAGUAUUAGUUUAGCCUCCCCUGUUCCCGUAAGGAUGAUGUGUAGCAAAGUAAGAGUUCCUUUUACUUUCUCAUUUCAUAUGUUAUGUAUACUUUUUCAUCCUUAAAAAUACUCUGUAACAUACCUUGAUCAUCAAUUGCAAUAGAAGGUAAAGGCUUAG